AUGCCCGGACGGAAACUCAUCGCGUGCGAGUGUGCGGAAGUGUCAUCGGUGUCGUGUCCCGGGGCCGCCGGCCGCGGCCUGUGCUCCCGCGGGGCGCCCGGCCUCUCCUCCCAGCAGCUCAAGGACUUGAAGUCGAGCAACGUCCUCCACAUCGAUGUGCGGGAGAGGUGGGAGAUCGAGAAGUUUGGGAAAAUCCCGGCGUCCAUCAACAUCCCGUUGGGUGAAUUAGUGGAAGCUCUGCAGAUGGACCCAGCAGAGUUCAAGGAGCAGUACAACCAAAAGAUGCCAGCCAAGUCAGACCCUGUGGUUUUCUCCUGCCUGGCAGGAAAAAGAAGUAAACAAGCACUGGGUUUUGCCAUGUCCUUGGGUUUCAGCAGAGUUCAGCAAUAUUCUGGUGGCUUUGAGGAUUGGGUAAAACAUGAACCUCCAGAGAAAAAAUGA